AUGGCUGCAAUGGAUCUUCCUAAUAUUGGUGCCGAUAUUGUUUGCCAGGACCUUAUCCCUUCAUUGCUUCCCUGUUUAACCUAUUUGACCGCACCUGGACCUGCACAACCAAGUACCGGUUGUUGUUCUGCGACUUUAAGUAUAACCAAAAUUGCUCUUCAAUCUCAAGCCGACCUACAGGGAGUGUGCACAUGUUUCAAAUCAGUCGCAGAUUCAGGAUCCUUCCAAAUUAACUUUGGCAACGCCAAAGCCAUCACCAAGCUUUGCAACCUGCCCCUUAAUAUCCCUAUCGAUCCCAGCGUCGACUGCACAACUCUUACCCUUCCAAAGACUCCUCCAUCUUCGGUUUCGGUUUCAGCUCCUGCUCCAGCUCUAGCUCUAGCUCCAAGUCCGGUACCUUCCCAAGUGUUUGAUGAAUUGUUUCGUUAG